AUGGUGCUCGUCGACGCCUUGCUCACGUCCUUCAUAUUCAUCCUUCCCACGCUGCAUAUCCUUGUCGCUCCGCACACAAAGGUCGAAGAGUCGUUUAAUCUGCAGGCAGCACAUGACAUUCUCAUCUACGGCACGCCGACGUCCAACGUCCAUGAACGCUUGCUCCAGACAUAUGACCACUUCAGCUUCCCUGGAGCGGUGCCGCGGACCUUUAUUGGCUCGGUCCUCCUCGCGGGCCUGGGCCAGCCUGUCAUUGCGCUCGUAGGGUUUCAACAUGCCCAGCUCGUAGUGAGAUGGGUGCUGUGCUUGUUCAACGCUUCUUGUUUGGUCGUGUUUAAGAAUGCCGUUCAACAGGCAUAUGCAACGCUUGCCUUUGCAUUCCUCCUGCCGAAAGCCACGCCUCGACAAGCCACCGUCCGUGCCAAACAGGCUCUCAGUAUUCUCACCUUCGCGGGAGUCGUAUUCCGCUCCGAAAUCGCCAUCCUCCUAGCGACGACCACGGUCUACCUCCUGCUCGCAAAACAGCUGCCUCUGCGGACCGUCAUUCUCGUGGGCGCCAUCUCCGCCGCGGCCUCGCUUCUCGUCUCCGUGCCCAUAGACAGCUACUUCUGGCAGAAGCCCCUGUGGCCCGAACUCUGGGGCUUCUACUUCAACGCCGUGCAAGGCUCGUCCUCGGACUGGGGCACGUCCCCCUGGCACUAUUAUUUGACGUCGGCCUUGCCACGGCUCCUCCUUAACCCGCUGGCCUUCCCACUGAUACUCUUCUCUGCCUUCCAUCCGGCUCUGUGCCGCCAGACCAAGGCCCUCCUCCUUCCCAGCCUGUCCUACAUAGCAAUCUACUCGCUGCAGCCGCACAAAGAAACGCGCUUCAUAUUCUACGCCGUUCCCCCGCUCGUUCUGUCCGCCUCCCUAUCCGCCAACUACAUCUCGACACACGUCUCCAAGUCCCUCAUGUACAAGCUCGCAACCUUCACGCUCGUCCUCUCCAUCCUGGCUACGCUAUCCGCAAGCACAGGCAUGCUUCUCCUCUCAAGCCUAAACUACCCUGGCGGCGAAGCCCUCACUCAGCUAUACAGCCUGACGGACAAGACCGCAACACCAAUAACCGUCCACGCCGACGUCUUGACCUGCAUGACGGGCCUGACACUCUUCAACCAGAAUAAGCACGGUCUGCCGCUAGCACUGAAUGAUUCCUGGGAUAUAGAAGCUACAGGGAAAACAGUUUACUUGUUUGAUAAGACGGAGAAGAGUGAGAAGCUCGGGUGGCCGACUUUCUGGCAGCAGUUCGACUACGUGCUGCUUGAGGAUGCGGCGCUCGCGUUGGGAGAGUGGGAUGUGGUCGGGGUCGUGUAUGGAUAUAGCGGAAUCGAGGUGUUGAGGCCGGGACAGAGGGAAGGCGAGGACAAGUACCGAGCUCUUGGGCUGGGGGCGGACAUGAGGUGGUUGAGGGGCGUGGUGAGGAAGUAUACGGGAGGUUGGUGGGUUGGGCCGAGGAUGGCCCCGAGGAUUCAUAUCAUGAAGCAGAGGAGGAUUGUACCAUAA